CCGUCAUUUCUGAUCAAGUGUUGCAAGCCAUCGACAGCUCUCCUCUCUCCUUAUUCAAGCGCUUUCUCUCUUUUUUCCCAACACAAAAGUCCCAAGUUGUUGGACACUUUUUUUUGCCUAGCUCACUUUGAUUUGAAUUUCAUUAUAUUUCAAAGAAGAUUUGAUCAUGAAACCCACCGGAAUUUUUACCAACGUGUUUUUAUUCCUGGCCGCAUUGACACUGGCCGCAGCAGCCUCCUUGCCGCUCCGCAGAACAUCCAUCUUCAGGGAUAGCGAGACCCCUCGACGCCAGUACGAGGAAUUGAUAGCCAGUCGACAAAUCCGCAGCAAUUUCGAGUCGUCAACAUCGGAUGAUCAAGUCGAAAAAUCAUCAGCCGCUGGCGAACCUGCCGGAACGUUGAAAUUCCACAUCAAACCGCCUUCACAAUUAACCGUAGCCAUGAACGACCGUUUGGAGUUGAUCUGUGACGUUUCCGGUUCUCCUCCUCCGGCCGUCUACUGGCUCAAGAACGGCAUGCCCAUUCCUGAGUCGCCGUUCGACAGAGACGAAAUUGAAGAAGCGUCAAACAAAAUCUCCGAGAUUGAGUCGCUGCUGCCGACCAGAGGUUUGGCUUCGACCAAAGCCCGUUUGCUCAUCGAUUGCGUUGAUGGCGACGCCGAGGCCAUUUAUACUUGCGUAGCCCAGUCGGUCAACGAGAAGAUCGUGUCCAGCACCUACGUUCACAUUGAAGGUGAAGUUGCUUAUAACGAAACCACCUGCACGUUGAGACACGAGACGGACUCGCUGCCGGCCAUCGUUUUCAUGUGGUCGGGUACCUACAUUGACGUCGAAGGUAGAGAUGCCGUCAUCUUGUGCCGGGCAGCUGGUAAUCCUUCGCCAAAAAUUUCGUGGUACACCGGCGACGAUCGUCUCAUCACCUCCGGACGUCACUAUCAGAUCUUGCCCAGUGGUGAUUUGAAAAUUUUCAACCUCCGCUGGAACGAACACAUGGGUCUUUACAAAUGCCGGGCGGAGAAUGAAUUCGGAUUAGACGAAUCGGUCACUUUCGUUUACCCAGUUGUGCCGGAGAGUUAAAUGGAUUGUUCAGAAAGCACGAAUACGUGAGGCAAAAUUUCAAAGCUUGUUGGUCGGAAAAUUUGACCCGCAAUCAAUUUCCGAUCAAAAUCGUUAUAUACAAGCCCAGCAACACACAGUCGACUAGAGUUCAUCAGUUGCCGUUUUAUAUGUGUUAUACACUACAACCGCGUGUACAAUUAAUUAUACGAGACCCUUAUUUUUCUGUACAUUCCGUUCCACCUCCUUUUCUUCGUCCAUCGUAUACUUAGAAAAGGACUACUCUGUAGUGCUCCGGACCCGCCGUAAAUUAAUUUAUUAUCCGCUUGCCAUCACGAUGACUGACUGAAAAUCUUUUUAACUCAUAAUAUGUUAUUUACCAAAAUUUUAGUUUCCAAAAAUUAAUUUGAUUAUUAUUAACGUCCUUUUUCAAUUGAUGUUCUUCAUACUGUAAGAUCUAUACACACAUAUAUCUAAUAUAACUCGAAUGAAAGCG